AUGAGCGGCUCGAAUAGCGCGGAGUCGCAUAGGCACCACCAUCACCAUCAUCACCACCACAGUAGUGGACACAGUCAUGGUCAGAGAUCGAGCUUGACCGAUGGCUCAAGGAUUGGUAAUUACCAAAUCGUGAAAACGUUGGGAGAAGGGUCUUUCGGUAAAGUCAAAUUAGCAUAUCAUGUCACGACGGGCCAAAAAGUGGCAUUGAAGAUUAUCAACAAGAAAGUUCUUGCCAAGAGUGACAUGCAAGGUCGAAUUGAAAGAGAAAUCUCAUAUCUAAGGUUAUUGAGGCACCCGCAUAUUAUUAAGCUGUAUGGCGUCAUCAAGUCGAAGGAUGAGAUUAUAAUGGUGAUUGAAUACGCUGGAAAUGAGUUGUUUGAUUACAUUGUGCAGAGGGAUAAGAUGAGUGAAAAAGAAGCUCGUAGGUUCUUUCAGCAGAUAAUCAGUGCGGUCGAAUACUGCCAUCGGCAUAAGAUUGUGCAUCGGGAUUUGAAACCGGAAAAUUUACUAUUGGAUGAACAUCUGAAUGUCAAAAUAGCGGAUUUUGGACUGUCAAAUAUUAUGACAGACGGUAAUUUUUUAAAGACUUCUUGUGGUUCACCAAAUUACGCAGCCCCUGAAGUCAUAAGUGGGAAACUAUAUGCUGGUCCUGAAGUGGAUGUUUGGUCAUCCGGUGUUAUCUUAUAUGUAAUGCUUUGUCGCCGAUUGCCAUUUGAUGAUGAAAGUAUCCCAGUUCUUUUUAAAAACAUCAGUAAUGGUGUUUACACAUUACCAAAAUUUUUAUCAAGUGGAGCUGCAAAUUUGAUCAAAAAAAUGCUUAUCGUUAAUCCAUUGAAUAGAAUUAGCAUCCAUGGUAUCAUGGAAGAUGAAUGGUUUAAAGUAGAUCUUCCUGACUAUUUACUACCACCAGAUUUUAAGAAAAGUAUUGACCAAGAACAAGACCAAGUUGCAACAACUCAUGCUUUGAAGAAAGAAGAGAUCGACGAUGAUUUAGUCAAUGCACUAUCGAAAACUAUGGGUUACGAAAGGGAUGAAAUCUACGAGGCGCUAGAGUCAAGUAAGGAUAAUUCUACUCUUAAUGAAAUUAGAGAUGCGUAUCUUUUGAUAAAAGAAAAUAAAUCUCUAAUAAAAGAUUUGAAAAGUGACAAAAAUGCAUGUGAUGAAUUGGACACCUUCUUAGCCCAAUCACCACCGACUUUUCAGCAAAAAUUGAAUGGAGAUGAUACUUCAAGUGCGCAUGAUAAUCAUCAAUCUAAAAAGGUCAAUAGUAGUAAUUUCCAAAGAACCUAUCAUCAAUUGUCAUUUAAUGAUCAAACAAAGGAAGAAGACUCUACAAUUUCAUUGUUACCUACAUCAUUACCACAAAUUCAUAGAGCUAAUAUGUUAGCCAAAGGUUUACCGGCUGCAUCAAAAAUAUCAGCGUUAGGUAAUAAAAAGUCCAAAACAAGAUGGCAUUUUGGUAUACGGUCUCGCUCAUAUCCGUUAGACGUUAUGGGAGAGAUUUAUAUUGCUCUGAAAAAUCUUGGUGCUGAGUGGGCAAAGCCUUCAGAAGAAGAUCUGUGGACCAUCAGAGUCAGAUGGAAAUACGAUGUUGCACAAAAUAGAAACAAUGAAAAGAUCCCAGACUUGAUGAAAAUGGUUAUACAAUUGUUUCAAAUUGAGACAAAUAACUAUCUGGUAGAUUUCAAAUUUGACGGUUGGGAAAGUAGUUACGGCGAUGUUUCAACGAAUUCAAAUGUCUCAGAAGAUGAAAUGAGUACAUUUUCGGCCUAUCCAUUCCUUCAUCUAACAACAAGAUUGAUCAUGGAACUAGCUGUCAAUAGUCAAGGAACUUGA